AUUUUUUUUGAAUGCAUUUAAAGCACAAAACAUUAAGGAUGUACUAGGACGGUGGGACCCACAAGUUGUCACACAUUUUGGCCCUUAUUACCCCGUAACCCUUUUUUUCACCUUAAAUUCAAAGCAAACCCCGUAAAGUUAUACAGUAUUCUGUAUUCCAGUUGGUAUUACAAACAAAUUUGGUGAAAAUGGUUUCAGAUUCUGAGCUUGCAGAGAAAGUGCAUGAAUUUUUAAGUGGGUCUGAUUUGAAGAAGACGACUAAUAAUAUCAUUAGAAAAAAAUUAGAGUCUGAUUUUGGGGUUGAUUUAUCUCAUAAAAAACCUUUUCUCAGAAUCCAAGUUGACCGCUUUCUUCAAACCCAGUACAAAUUUUCUGAAGAACAAGAUGAUUAUCUUGAUGCUGCGGUUGUUAGGGGUGAUGAAGGAAACGACGACGUUUCAGAUUCUGAAGACGAUGAGUAUUACGAGGAUGAAGAUGAGGGUGAAUUAUCUGUAGGAGGAAUUAGAGCAGCAGCAGAUACUUUCAAGGGUAUUAGCAAAUUCAAACGGUCUCGCCGACAAAAUAAAGUGAAAAAUAAAAGAGUGUGCGAGUCUGGCAAGUUCUGUACGCUGUCUCCUGCACUCCAGAAAUUCCUCGGAGUACCUCACUUGAUAAGGACAGAGGUUGUCAGACGAUUGUGGAGCUAUGUUAGAGAUAAAAGGCUGCAAGAUCCUCAGGAUGGAAAGACUAUCAUUUGUGAUGAAACAUUACAUGAACUUUUUGGCGUUGAUUCCAUCAACAUUCUCCAGAUUCAUAGUGCCUUAACAAAACACAUUUGGCCGUCAGAGAAGUCGGUCAGGAGAGAGAAGCCACGGAAGCAAGAGAAGGAAGAAGAUCCAUUUGAAGCAAAGCCUCCAAGGAAAGUAUAUUCUGGUUUUCUUGCCCCUCUUCCGCUCUCAGACGCUCUUGUAAAAUUCCUGGGUACUGGAGAAAGUGCACUGACCCGUGCUGUUGUUAUAAAGAGAGUAUGGGAAUACAUAAAAGAAAACAAUCUCCAGGACCCAUUUGCGAAGAAGACAGUAAUAUGUGAUGAGAAGCUGAAGGAGCUCUUUAAUGUCGACUCCUUUAACGGAUUCAUGGUCUCCAAACUCCUCUCUGCACAUUUUCUGAAAUUGUGACCAUCUGCAUUUGCUGAAGCCAACCUUUCAAGCUGUUAUUGACAGAAGUUUUCGGAUUCUAAAUGAUUAUAAUGUAGUUUGUAUCAGCAUGUAAUUUAGGAGAGGGGGG